AUGGUCAACAAACAAGAUUCUGAUGAACCGCACGAUAUCAUCAUGCCACCGAAGAAGGCACAGUGGGGUUUGACCAGUUCAACCGUAAAAGCAGAGGACAUCAACCCGCAGUCUUGCGCUGAUUUCAGGCGCAAAUGGACACCAACGGAGUUUUGCAACCUGCCAUUGUCCGAGCGAACAGCCAUUCUUUCGAGAUUGCUUACCAGCUCCGAUUCGCUUUUCAUCGUAGAAGUGGACGGCGGAUACAAUUUUGCCACGGAAUACAACCCCAUUCACGGGGCAAUGCCCUUGCUCUAUGACAUCUGCACCAACAAGCAGAUCGCUCGAGAGGCCUGUGAAGUGUUCUAUCAGGUAGAUACAGUCCCGUCAGAUGUGUCAAUGGACGGGACUCUUACCCGUUUCUCAGAACAACACGUUCAUUCUGUCCUCUCGUUGGCUUCCUCACAUGGUUUUAGAUCAGAGAAACACGUGGAUAAUGCCCUCCACAUCCUUCUCGAUCACUACGAACCUCAAACGCCGAAUAAGACCCCACUCGAACUUGCCUGCCUCCUGUCUUGUACAAAGUUGGACCGCCUCGACAUUGAGAUUUGUACCCCAGAAAUCCUCGCAAAUGACCCCGAAGGUAUAAAGAAACGAUCAGUCAAGAAGGCAAUGGCCGUCGGAGUUGUGAUUCGCCAAUUGAUGGAGAAGUUCGGAGUGGCAUUGAAAGUGUGGAUUGGAGGCCCAGGUUUCGCUACCCAGGGAAAGGAAGACAUUACCUGGAUGUGGGACAGGCCUAGUGGGGAGUUGGCCAGGGUUGUGUUAAAUGGAAGGGGGACUGAGAGUCAAAUGAUCAUGCAUUUGAUGUGGACGAUCUGGUCGAAGAGAUGA